AUGCUUCUUAGCACUGCGCCUGAGAAAGACGUCCUCGGGCUUUAUGCUCGUAACGUCGUUCGAGACUUCGACAAAUCCAUCACGGCCCAACUUAAAGAUCAACUUGAAACCCACGUUCAACAAGACAAAAACAAGCGAAGGCCUCAUCAAGAGCAUUGCAUUGGUAUCCUUGGUGCGGGUGUUGGGGGCCUUUACACGGCCCUCAUACUUGACUCCUUGGGUAUCAAAUACGAGAUUCUUGAAGCAUCAAACAGAACGGGAGGACGGCUGUAUACACACAAGUUUCAGGGUGGUGGGCACUAUGAUUACUACGACGUUGGUGCAAUGCGCUUCCCUUUGCCGAAGAAGAAGAACGGCGUCUUCGUGAAUGGCGUCAUGCGGCGCCUUGCCAAACUCAUCGAGUAUCCACCCCUCAACACUAAUUCUGACCCGGGGUGUCCGCCGCUCAAGGAUAGGCUCAUCCCAUACUACUUCACUCCGCCUCCUUCUUCGAGACCCGGAAUUCUCUACUAUAACGGGGUUCACAAGCGCGAUGAUCAACCUGCAGAAGAACUCGACUUCAAAUCUGAAGCAUUAGGGAUCUCGAACGCAUAUGCGCAAGCUGCCGUUACUGCCAUCGAGAACGACGUAGUAGGACCGUUUACCCGACUGCUUUCGAAGGACUUGGACCGAGGGAUAACUGAAGGGGAGGGAUGGAAGGUCCUGAAAGCGAACGACGAUUACUCCAUGCGCGGGUACAUGUCCUUCAAAUAUAUGCCUAGCGUCACUCUCGAACUUCUGCCUGACCACCUUCCCACCAACGUCGUCAACUAUUCCGAGAUGCUGAACGGCUCGACUGCCUCUUGGGACCAAGGGUUUGCCGACUCUGUUCUUGAAACCAUGGCCUUUGCGCGAGAUGGAGCCAGUAACAUCACGGAAGUUGAUUGGAGGUGCUUUGACGGAGGGUCUCAGCAGCUGACGGACUACAUGGCACGGUACCUGCGUUCUCGACACGAUGACCCGAUAAAGUUAGAAAAAAGGGUUGUAGCUCUCAAUUCGACCAGUGAAGAAGUCAUCGAAGUUUCGGUGACUGGCGAACCCAAGCCGCGUCGCUAUACGCACGUCAUAUCGACUCUGCCGCUCCCCGUUUAUCGCACAAUCGACACGAAGAACGUAAACAUGAGCGUCAUACAAAAGACUGCCAUUCGUCAGCUUCAGCACGACCCGGCCAUCAAAAUUGGUAUUCGGUUCAAAGAGCCGUGGUGGACUACAAAGCUAGGAAUUGUCGGCGGUCAGUCCUACACAGAUCUACCCAUCCGCCGCGUCGUGUAUCCCUCCUAUGGUGCUGCACCGAAGCCUGCAUCUAACGUGCUCAUCGCAUGCUAUACCACCUCCAAUGACGCGUACCGUCUGAGCGCUCUCGCUGCUGGGGAGAAGCAGGACAAGGAGGCGCUCAAGGACCUCGUUCUUAGGAAUCUAGCCGAGGUACACGCUGUUAACGACAAGAAAGCGCCUGAUCCCCACUUCAAAGUGACGCACGAGUUCCUUAUGGAUCAGUUCGAGGACAUGCACGUUUUUGAGUGGAACCAUAAUCCGUACACGAUGUCUGCCUUCGCUAUGUUCGGUCCGGGAAACUUCAAGCAGUUUUAUCCCGCAAUGAUCACACCUGCAGCUAACAAUCGUCUCUAUUUCGCAAGUGAAGCGAUCAGCCCUCGGCACGCUUGGGUCGUUGGCGCACUCGAUAGCGUCUGGCGUGCCGUCGACACAUAUCUGCACUGCACGGGGCAGUAUAAGCAGAGGGUUAUCUUCAGACUUAUGUGGGGAAACAACAUGGAGUGGGCUGAGCCUUCCGACGACGACCCUUGCCGUAUGCCUCAGAAGCUUCCCACCGAGGUACCUGACUCGAAGGGCGAUAAGGCUCAGGUUUUUGACGACUCAUUUGACGAGCACUUCGAUUUGAUGGAGAAGGCUAUGCUCGGUGGUGUAGUAAAAUUCUAG